AUGGUUCAGAAGAAAGCUCAGACCAAGAAGAACAAGCUGGUCCGUCUCAGUAAGAACCAGUUGAGGAAGGAGAUGGAGAUGAUGAAUGCGGCUGCUGUUGAACGACCAACAAGUCAGCAAGGACUAGGAGGAUUGAAAACAGCUUCAAGAGGUCUCCCACAGAGGCAAAUACAAGACAAAUCUGGGUGUUUAGAGAGCCCAAAAUGGACGGAAGUGAAUGCCGAUAUGGCCAAACUCACUAAAGGGAUUGAGAAAAAUAACCAGGAAUUGCAGAGUCUACCGUCAUUGGAAAAAAGGGUCAAAGAAAUGGCGGCGGAAAUCAUACAGAACGAACGAGUAGCUCACGAAGCCGAAGAUCUUUUCGACGUUGUCACAACAGUCAAAGAAAAGAUUGCAGCCUUAGAAAGGGAAAUACAAAUCGAAAACGACAAAGCUGAGAAAUUCAUCACGACCUUAACAACAGGAAAGCAGGAAAAGUACUCUCAACUGAGGACUGAACAGAACAUACUGGCCAAAGAAGUUGAGAAUACAACCACACAAUUGAGUGCACUGGAAACUAGGGCUCGGAAACUGGAAGAAGAACUACGUCCAUUUCCUGCGAAAGAAUAA